AUGUCGUUAGAAGAAGCAGAACCACCAAACCAAACUCUAGAUCACGUCCUAGGCUGGCUUGAGGAAACUAUGUCCUUAACCCCAUUACCUGGACUCGAUGAUUCUUUUUUCCUCCACGAGUUUGACGGGUCUCAAACGUUGGAAUGGGAUCAGACUCCAUAUCCGGGACAUGAUCUUCUUCAAAGCUAUACUCAAGAUCUUAAUGCAUAUAUGAAUUGUGAAACAACCAACCUGGAAGUGCUAACAGAAGAUCCAGUCAUUGAUUCGGAUCCUCCACCCGAGCUUCAGCAACCAAACGAUCAUUCCAAGAAAAGGAACCUUGAUGGGCUUAUCGAUGCCCAACAUGUGAAAAGAUCAAGAAGGGGCAAGAGAAAAGCAAACAAGCCUAGUGAGAAGAGCUGUGGUAACAAGGAAAAGAGAUGGGCAGAGCAACUGCUUAACCCUUGUGCCUUGGCAAUCACGGCAAAGAACUCAUCAAGGGUUCAACAUUACCUUUGUGUUCUCUCUGAACUUGCCUCUUCUUCUGGAGAUGCUAACCAUCGUCUUGCAGCUUUUGGUCUUCACGCUUUGCAACACCAUCUCUCAACCUCCACUGUGUCGUCCUCUGUUACUUUUGCUUCAGCAGAAGUGAAGAUGUUUCAAAAGACUCUGCUCAAGUUCUAUGAGGUAAGCCCUUGGUUUGCUUUGCCUAAUAACAUGGCAAACUCAGCUAUCCUUCAGAUCCUAGGACAAGAGACCAGAGAUAAAAAGGAUCUUCAUGUUCUUGAUAUUGGUGUUUCUCACGGUAUGCAAUGGCCCACUUUUCUGGAAGCUCUGUGCAGCAGACCAGAAGGACCUCCUCCUCGUGUUCGAAUUACCGUUGUAUCUGAUCUAACCGGAGACAUACCUUUCUCUGUUGGUCCACCAGCUUACAACUAUGGUUCUCAGCUCAUUGGCUUUGCUCGGUCCCUCAACAUCAACCUCCAUAUCAGUGUACUAGACAAGUUCCAACUCAUUGAUACCUCACCUCAUGAGACCUUGAUCGUCUGUGCUCAGUUUAGGCUGAAUCAACUGAAACAUGGCAUCACUGAUGAGAAAAGUGAGGCUUUGAUAGCACUGAGAAGUUUGAAGCCAAAAGGAGUGGUUCUUUGUGAGAACAUUAAUGGAGAAGGCAGUAGUAGAGCGGACUUUGCAGCAGGUUUCUCGAGGAAACUGGAAUACCUUUGGAAGUUUCUGGACUCAACAGGCUCUGGAUUCAAAGAAGAGAACAGCGAAGAGCGGAAGCUUAUGGAAGGAGAGGCAACAAAGGUGUUGAUGAGUUCAGGAGAGAUGAAUGAAGGAAAAUACAUAUGGUAUGAAAGGAUGAGAGAAGCUGGUUUUACUGAAGAAGCGUUUGGAGAAGAUGCUAUUGAUGGAGCCAAAUCUUUGUUGAGAAAGUAUGACAACAAUUGGGAAAUAAGGAUGGAGGAUGGAGAUACAUUUGCUGGGUUGCUUUGGAAUGGAGAGGCAGUUUCCUUUUGUUCCUUGUGGAAGUAG